AUGGUGGCGUCCCAGACCAGCCCGCAGAUCAGCAUCCACCGGUUCGACUCUUCGUCCCAGCUGGAAAACGUCAUCAGCCAGGUCCAGCACAGGAAAACACAGCCUGCAGGCGAUCCGUCAGUGUACACGGACGAUCUGGGUCAUAGGUUCUGCACCAGGGACAGGAUUAUUGUCGACGUGGAGCCGCCGACACGCGAAGUGCCUUGCAACGACCGAGCAGGUGCUGCUGAUCCUGGAAAUGGCCGCCGCCGCGUUGCGCAAGGAGCCCAACAUGGUGCGCGUAUCGGCGCCGGUGACGGUUUGCGGCGACGUGCAUGGCCAAUUCUACGACCUGUGCAAGCUGUUCGAGAUCUGCGACGAUCCAGACGAGACCUCGUACCUGUUUCUCGGAGACUACGUGGACCGCGGCUCGUACUCACUGGAGUGCUUGCUGCUGCUGUACGCGAUGAAAAUAAACCACCCGGACACCUUCUUCAUGCUCCGCGGCAACCACGAGUCCGAGCAGAUGACGUCGUUCUUCACGUUCAAGGACGAGUGUCUCAAGAAGCACAGUCUGGCGGUGUACGAGAAAUCGCUCGAGUCGUUCAAGGCGCUGCCGCUGGCCGCGCUGAUGGACGGCCAGUUUUUCUGCGUCCACGGCGGGCUCUCGCAGCACAUGCGCCUGCUGCGCGACCUCGACACGAUCGACCGCUUCGUGGUCAACUUCCCGUCGUCGGGGCUGUACUGCGACCUGAUGUGGGCCGACCCGUCGAACGACUACGACACGGGCGAGGACGACCGCGUCUACGUCGAGAACUACGAGCGCGGCUGCUCGUACAUGUUCUCCUUCCAAGCCGUCGAGACGUUUCUCCAGGACAACGGGCUUUUGAGCGUGAUCCGCGCGCACCAGGCCCAGGACUCCGGGUACCGCAUGUACAGGCAGACGACAGCACAGAAGUUCCCGUCCAUGAUCACGCUCUUCUCGGCGCCCAACUACUGCGGCACGUACGGCAACAAGGCGGCGGUGCUCCGCUACGACCGUUCCUUGAUGAACAUCCGGCAGUUCGGGUCGCAGCCAGAGCCGUACCGGCUGCCGAACGGGCUGGACGCGUUCACGUGGUCGAUUCCGUUUGUUGCCGAGCGCACGUCGGCCGUGCUGCUGCAGCUGCUCAACAUCUGCUCCGCCGAGGAGCUGGGCAGCGGCACCGCCGAGGCCGAGACAGAGUCCAGGCCGAUGGAGCACGCGGCGCUGCGCAAGAAGAUCCUGGCGAUCGGCAGGGUGUCGCGGAUGUUCAACAUGCUGCGGGAAGAGGCCCAGAAGGUGGAGCAGCUGCGCACGCUGGCGGGCGGAGAGGCGCUGCCGAAGGGCGUGCUGCUCAACGGGCCGGACGAGCUGGACCGCAAGCUGACGUCGUUCGACCAGGCGAGGCUCGCGGACCUGCCCAACGAGGCCAUGCCCCGCAAAUGAGCAACCGUUGGAGAGAAAAAAAAUACAUAGAGGUCGAUCGACCGCCCCCUGAAUAUUUCCAUAAUUUAAUACCUGUUGCCAUGAGCCCGCUCCAGAACUUCAAGGCGCACGAGAACUCGGUCAAGAUCGAAAACGCGCUGCGCCACGUGAAAAAGCGCGACGAGACAGCCGCGCCCAGCGACCCCACCGUCUAUGUCGACGAGCACGGCGAGACGUUCAUCACCACAGAACGCAUCGUCAAGGACAUCAGUCCCCCGUCGUUCCGCAUCCCUGCCGACGCUGAGGUGUUCCCGGACGGGAAAAUGCCAGACUACAAGUUUCUGAUGCAGCAUUUCAAGCAGGAAGGCAGACUGUCCGAACAGCACCUGACGUACAUUCUCCGGGAGUCGGCCGCGAUCUUCGAGAAGGAGCCCAACAUGCUCAAGGUGCCCUGUCCGGCGACCGUGGUGGGCGACAUCCACGGCCAGUACUACGACCUCUGCAAGAUGCUCAACAUGUGCGGCGACCCGGCCAAGACACAGUACCUGUUUCUCGGAGACUACGUCGACCGCGGCGACUACUCGAUGGAAUGCCUGAUUCUGCUGCUGGCCAUGAAAAUGAACUUCCCCAAGUCGUUCUGGAUCCUCCGGGGAAACCACGAGACCAAGCGCAUGACCGAGCAUUUCACGUUCAAGCGCGAGUGCGCCGUCAAGUACUCGCUGGCCGUGUACAAGGAGGCGCUCAACACCUUCAAGAUGAUGCCCUUCUGCGCGGUGCUGAACGAGCAGUUUUUCUGCUGCCACGGCGGGCUCUCGCCCGAGCUCGAGAAGCUCAGCGAUAUCAGCAAAAUCAACAGAUUCAGAUACGACUUCCCGUCCAGAGGACUGUUCAGCGACAUCAUGUGGUCGGACCCGGCCCCCGACUACGACACAGAGGCCCUCUCGCCCACAGACUACGACUCCUACUUCCGGGACAACUACGAGCGCCACUGCUCGUACUACUACUCGUACCACGCCGUCUGCCACUUUCUCGAGAAAAAUAAUCUAUUGAGUGUCAUCAGAGCACACCAAGCGCAGGACGCCGGGUACAGAAUGUACCGCAAGAACGAGGCCACCGGGUUCCCCUCGGUGAUCACGCUGUUCUCCGCCCCGAACUACUGCGGUACCUAUCGAAACAAGGCUGCGGCGCUGAUCUACGACGGGUCCACGUUCAACAUCAAGCAGUUCGUGGCGACCGACUCGCCGUACCAUCUGCCAGACUUCAUGGACGUUUUCGAGUGGUCGCUGCCGUUUGUGUCGGAAAAAGUGCUGGACAUCCUCGUGUCCAUCCUCAACAUCUGCACAGAGGACGAGCUCGAGGAGGAGACCGUGGUGGCGCGCGACGUGGUCAAGUCGCUGCGGGACGUGCCCGAGACGUCUCCGGAGGCCACUCUGGCGGCCGUCACCGGGCCGGCGACCGGCGUGUCGCCGCUCGAGGCGCGCGCCUCGCUGCGCAAGAAGCUGCUCUCGAUCGGCCGCAUGUCGCGCAUGUUCAACAUCCUGCGCGAGGAGGCGGAGAAAGUCGAGCAUCUCAAGACGUACGCGGGCGGAAAGCUGCCGCGUGGCGUGCUGAUGGACGGCCGCGAGGAGCUGCACAACAGACUGAAGUCGUUCUCCGAGGCCCGAGAGGCAGACCUGCAGAACGAGGCGCUGCCGCCGUCGGCCGAGGAGCUCGAGAGGAUCGAGGAAGAGCGCCAGCGCAAGGCCAGAGAGUACAUCGACGGCGCGGGCCAGUGGCCUCACAGCGCAUAG